AAAGGAAGCAUCUUUUCACUCUUUUCCAGGAAAAAAAAAAUGAGAUGGGAGAGGGUCCAACGUCAAGUGGGUCUCUCUGAUUCUUCUUCUGGGCCGGGAAAGAGAUGGGGACACACUUGUAACACCGUUAAAGGAGGCAGAUUCGUCUACGUAUUCGGUGGGUUUGGUAAAGACGGUUACUUUACAAAUCAAGUUCAUGUCUUUGACGCUGGGAGGCAGAUAUGGAGUGAGCCGAUGAUCAGAGGGGUACCUCCCUCUCCGAGAGACAGUCACAGCUGCACAACUGUUGGGGAUAACCUUUUUGUGUUUGGUGGUACUGAUGGGAAACAUUAUCUCAAUGAUCUGCAUGUUCUAGAUACUUCUUCGCAUACUUGGAAAUGCCUUGAAGUUAGAGGUGAAGAACCUGACGCAAGAGAGGCUCAUAGUGCAACGCUUGUUGGCAAACACAUUUUUGUAUUUGGAGGCUGUGGGAAAGUUCCUGGUUUGGAUGAUGAAGUGUUCUUUAAUGACCUUUACAUACUUAACACAGAGACUAUCACGUGGCAACGAGCUGUAACAACUGGGACGCGUCCCUUUGCACGAGAUGGCCACACUUGCUCAACCUGGAACAACAAAAUCAUUGUAGUAGGUGGUGAACAUUUCGAGGGCGAUUAUCUCUCCGAUGUUCAUAUCCUUGAUACAGAUACGUUUGCAUGGAAGCAGCUGAAAACUUCAUGGCAGCCAUUAACACCACGAGCUGGUCAUAUCACUGUUGCAAUUGAGAGCAACUUAUUUGUGUUUGGAGGGUUUAGGGAUCCUCAGAAUCUUUACAAUGAUCUCUAUGUGCUUGAUGUUGAAACGGGUGUAUGGUCCAAAAUAGUUGCCAUGGAAGAUAGGCCACCAGCUAGAUUCUCUGCUGCUGCAGUUUGUUUAGGUCCUUACAAGGCUGGUUCCUUUUUCUUUUUUGGUGGCUGCAACAAGAAUCUUGAGCCGUUGGAUGACAUUUACUACUUUCACACAGAUGGUGUAUACGAAGCACGGUCUGCUCAGAAAGAAGCACUAAAAUGCAAAGAGCAGCAGAAAGAAGCUGUGGAGCAAGGGAAAACGGUUUUUCAAGCCAGGGUUACUGAAAACUCCCCCUUAGGCUACUACAGUAUAGAAACGACAAUUGAUGGAAAGGUGCUUCGUGGUGUUUUGCUUUCAAGCAGACACCCCAGCUCUGUUCAAACGGCUGAUCCAAGCUCUACUAGUAGGAAACGGCCUGCUAUGCUGGAUGCUGAUUGUGAUCAUGGAGCCAAGACGCAGAGAACUUUGAGUAAGGAUACAUCAGGUAGUAGCCAACAAGCUGGUCCAGUGGAUCCUUCUGAUGAUGCUUACAAGAAGGACGCAGAGCCAUCACUACCGGUUACUCUUGAUCAGGCGAAUGUAGAGCCUUUGAGAAACGAGAUGUCAACAGACGUUGGUGCUGGAGGAGAUUCAUCGCCACAAAAGCAAGAUGAGGAAAGAGUUGCCGCAGAAGAUGCAGAACCAAAAUAGUAACCUCAAAGUACAUAAAGGAUCUUUUUGGGGGUGUACAGUAGCAAGUAGAUGAAGGCAGGAUUUGGUUUUAAUAGCUAGUGUAGAAGAAGAAAGUUGAGGAUGAGUAGAAGAAACUAACUCUUGUGUUAGGGCCUUUUGUUUUUGUUUUGCAUAUUUGAAGCUCUUCAAUACAAACAGCUUUAACUCUGUUGUUAAUUACCUUUUGGUUUCAAUUUGCAAAGCCUUAUGGAGUUUUUG